AUGCCUAUCACACCUCAAGAGCUCGAUGCUAUCCCUAUAGGUUAUGCUACGCCGAGUUUGGGCUUGAACCCUGCCCAUAGCCUCGAGAUGAAAUUCCAAGCCAUGGCUCAAAACGGUUGGAAGAAUGUAGAAUUGGGUUUUGGGAAUUAUGUAGCAUGGGUAAGAAGUCAAGUCGAUCUACCCCCCUCGACUUGUCCCGAAGAAUGGAAAGUGGACGACGAACCUUCCCCUUCCGACCACGAGAUAUGGGAUGCCCUCUACUCGCAUGCACCUAAACUCAAAUUUUUGGCAGAAAAUCACGGAUUGAGAUUAUUGAUGUUACAGCCCUUGAACCAAUUUGACGGUUGGCCCGAGGGACAUGAGAGGGAUGAGUGGGUAAAGCAGAAAGCAAAAAAGUGGAUUGAAUUAUGUAAAAAACUAGGAGUGGAGUAUUUACAGGUCGGAGCGAACGACCAACCCGAUGCUUCGGGAGGCGACGACAAAACGGCCCAAGACCUAGCAUGGUUAGCGGAUAUAGCCCUACCUAUAAAGGUAGCUUAUGAACCUUGGUGUUUCUCACCGAGGUAUCCUACCUGGGAGCAGUGUUUGGAAAUAGUCAAGAAAGGAGAUCGACCAAAUCUUGGGAUCUGUCUCGACACCGCCCAAAUGGCCCUUUCUCCUACAUACGGCUACGAUCCCCUAUCCUCUACUCCUCCUUCCCCAUCGAACUUCGAAGAGUUAAUCAAAAGGAUCAAAGAUGUACCUAAAGAAUUGAUAUUCUAUUUGGAAAUUUCAGAUGUUCUCCCUCCAAAUCCUGCAUUGUUGGAUGGAAGUCCAUUUGACGAAUGGCAUAAAUCCCAAGCACCCAAUAAUCCUCCUAGAUCCUCUUGGGUACUUUGUGCGAGGGCUUUACCUUAUAUUGGGAGGAGUGCCGGUAAGGGAGUGCGAGACGAUAAGAAGGAUUUGGAUCUGGGAGUGGCGAGGGUUGGAGAAGUUACGAAAGCUGUUUUCAGUACGGGAUUUAGAGGUCCCGUCAUUUGGGAACCGUUCGAAGCGCUUGUUAUGGAAUCUGAAGAUAAGGACGUACCAGAAUUGUAUGCUCAUGCUGCGAAAAUAUCGAAAGAGAAAUUGUGGGAAGAAGUCCUGGGCAAGUGA